UUUUGACAGGAGAGGAAGACGACGAACUGAGGCGGAAAUAAACAUCAUUCAAAAUGAUUGGAGAUCUAUUAAUAUUUGGCACUCUGCUCAUGAACGGCGGCGCUGUGCUCAACUUUAAACUAAAGAAGAGAGAGACGCAGUCUCAAGGGUUUGGAGAUGAUCAUCGAGCGUCCAGCACAGGUGACAACAUAAGAGAGUUUCUUCUGAGUCUACAGUACUUCCGCAUAUUUAUUGCCAUUUGGAACAUUUUCAUCAUGUUUUGCAUGAUUUUGUUAUUUGGAUCAUAACACAUGGUGGUUCAACUAAGCAUCACUACAGGCUCUCAGGACAGUUAUUGCAGCAGGGUGUUGGGCUGAUUUCUUGGGAGAGAAAAAAAAGAGCUGGGUGUUUUGAGGGAUUGUUAUACAUUGUAUUAUUCAAUGAAUUGUAAUAUUGCUUGUUCUUUCUGUGAAUGACAUUAACACGAGAACCAUUUUAUUAGUUUUUAAAUGGAAGAAAGUAGUCUUGAAAGCUGCUCACUAAAGAUCUGUCAGAGAGUUUGAAAUGGCUUUCUUUUUAUAUUGUAUCCAGAUAUGGUGUCAUUUCACCCAGUAAGACACAAGUUCAAUCCCUUAUUGUAAAGCUUCUGUAUCAUAGAGAGGUAAAAUAGUCAAUUAUGAAUAAUCCAGGUAUAGUUAUGAACUAUACCUUUUAAAGAAUUCCAUUGCUUGGUUAACCUGAAACGCAUUCCUCUAAAUUCACAGAAAUAGCCAAUUGUUGGUAUGUAGAUAUUUAAGGUGUCCUGGCACCUUGCUCUUGGGGGGUUUAGGAAUAAUUGUUACCAGAGUACAAUUGGAAAAAUUAAAGGGGUCAUGACAUGAGAAACCAAAUUUGCCUUGAUCUUUUGGUAUAUAAGAGGUCUUUGUAUCAUUAAAACGUCCUGCAAGUUUAAUAUUUUAAGACGUCCUCCCCAUUCUAAACGAAUCAUUUAUUUAAUCAAGCUCAAAAUACAGCUCGUUCUGGAUUCAUGGUUAGAAGUGACGUGUCGGUUAGAAGUGACGUAACAGCGUUUGCAUAUGACCGCCUCCAGCACAAGAUAACUACGAUUUAAGCGCAAGACAACUACGCUCAUUUCGUAUCGCCGUGCGCCUCACAAGUGUUCACUCGAUGGACAGCGAGCUCUGACAGAGACUACUUGUGCACAGGAAAAUUACGAUGCCACACAGAUGUGCUGUUUCUGGCUGUGGUCAAACAAAACCUCUGAAUAAGCUGCCGAAAGAUCCAGACGUCAGGGAAAAAUGGAUGCAGUUUAUUUUUUGCGGACGUUCCAGUCACGGCAGUGUUAACUUAAGCGUUUGUUCUGUACAUUUUAAGGAUGACUGUUUUGAGAACUUAAUCUCAAUAUGAUGCUGGCUUUGCCAGAAAACUGUUGCUCAAAGAUAAGUCCGUGCCGACUAUUCUGGGAACAACGACGACGCAAACUGUAAGUAAUCUAUUUUAAACAGUGUUUUUACUUAGUUUACUUGCAUAUUGUUCUGGCUGGGGGCGUCAAUAAUUGAUACAUAGGCACUGACGUUAGCCAAUCAUAACAGUGGGCGUUAACACUGAAGUCUUAAAUGGAAAACGCCCCCAAAACAGACUGUUUGAAUCAGAGGAUGAGAAACAGGGUGGGAAAAGGUCAUAAAUCACUAGAUUUUAAAAGUUUUUCUUAAAAAAAAAUAUAUUAAUACUAUAAUUGCACCUAAGGGAACAUAAUAAUACAAUUAAAAAAACCAUGUCAUGACCCCUUUAAAACAUUGUGACAUACACCAAUGACAGAAAAUGUGUCGCUCAAAUUUGUGAAAUAGUUCACCCAAAAAUAAACACUCCCUCAUGCCAUCCAAAAUGUAUUUGAAUGACAUUAGUUCAGCAGAAGAAAGUAUUUCAGAAGAAUCUCCAUGUAGACCCAUACAAUGAAAGUGAAAUGGUGACACUUUUUGAAGCUCCAAAAAGUACUAAGGCAAAAUGUGAUACUACAUGAUUGAAUCCAAUCAAUCUUAUGAAGAGAUCCAAUAAAUUGAGUAACAUAUCAAAAUGUAACUCAUUUUUGACAUCAGUAGACAUCUUGGCAUGAUUAAGCUUUUUUAAACUUUUAAGAAUCUUAAUU